AUGGUUAAACGACUUUUCAUUGAUACUGAUGAUUUAUGGUCGGAGUUAGGGGCCGAUUUCAGAGAACUUAGAACCAAACAAUGUAAAUCACAUGCUGGCUCAAGUCCCAACUCGCCCCUGCCAGUCUCUCCUCCAACCCCGAAACCGCCUCCUGACCCAUUGGAAAGCAUAGCUUUCUCUUCGAUAAUCACAUUUACCGAUGAUACACCUUUGGCCGACCCUUUCGAUUUAUCAAGGUCCCCAUCUCCACUUUCGACACUCAGCUUUACCUCUACUGAUAUCAGCAUGUUUGAAGAAUCAGCGGAAACAGAAAGUACGAUGGCCCCCAAGGAAUUUGUCUUGAAUUUCUGUACCAUCAGAUUUAGCAAAACAUAUUAUCUAGACUUCCAAAUACCCCGAACGUAUCGCGAUCCAUACUUCGAUCUUAGCCAGGAUCCAACCUUUUGGCCCGAGUUCUUCCACUUCAAUUCGAACUAUAGUCAGACAAAGAAUGUUAUUCCCUACAUUCGACAUUGUCUCCGCUUGAUGUACAACAAGACUGGGGAUGUGAGCAAUGUGCUUGCUGCUCUUGUAUUUGCCUGGACAUACGAUGAUGAGCUAGCAACUGCCGGCUUUUGGGCAAAGCUUUACGAGCAGAUUAUGGCAAUGUUGCCUUUCAGGAACGCAGCUGGCCAAGAGAUCGUUUACCUAGGAAGAUUUGAGAUGCCAGGCGGUGUAAGCAUAGCAUGCUGGAACAAAGCGAUGCAGGAAUUCUUCGAAGAGAAAGGUUAUUUAGGCGAGUUUGUGUAUUUUGCGGUCACUUCUAACCAUGGGUUUGAAUGGCUUCAAAUAAAGCGGGCAGAGGAAAUUUUGGAAGGGGAACAGAUACCGAGUGAAUGGGUAGUCGAGUUACCAAGAAACGAAUAUUAUUGUUAA